GGCGGGGGCCUGGGACCCUCCGGCGGGGCGGGGCAGGGCACGCGGCCGGAGGCUCCACAACUCCUCACUGCCCGGCUCGGCCCGGCGGGCGCAGCAGCAAGCCGGGCGCGGGGCCGCCCCGGGGGGCGCGGGCGCAGGUGGCCCAGCGCCCUGUGGAGCCCCAGGGUCCUGGAGCUGCGGCGCUGGGCAGGUCGAUCGGGGAUCGAUACAGCUCCGGCAGCACCAUGUCUCAGGCAGCAGAGGCCCCGCCAGCCGGCCGGGCAGCGGUCCGAGGUGGCCCGGCUGGGGCGCAGUAGCGGCGAGGACGGGUGCGCGACCAGGAGCCUCCCAGGCCCCAGCCCUCGAGACCCAACUCCAGCCCGGGCCGGAACUAGUUGGGCCGGCUGCGGAGAGCCAGGCUGCAGGACCACCCACCCACCAUGCCGGCGGUCAAGAAGGAGCUACCCGGCCGCGAAGACCUCGCCCUGGCUCUGGCCACCUUCCACCCGACCCUGGCCGCGCUGCCACUGCCGCCGCUGCCCGGCUACCUGGCGCCACUGCCCGGCGCGGCCGCCCUGCCCCCGGCCGCCUCGCUACCAGCCGCGACCGCGGGCUACGAGGCGCUCUUGGCCCCGCCGCUCCGCGCCCCGCGCGCCUACCUGAGCCUGCACGAGGCCGCCCCGCACCUCCACCUGCCCAGAGACCCUCUGGCCCUCGAGCGCUUCUCGGCCACUGCGGCCGCGGCAUCGGAUUUCCAGCCGCUGCUGGACAACGGCGAGCCGUGCAUCGAGGUGGAGUGCGGCGCCAACCGCGCGCUGCUCUACGUGCGCAAACUCUGCCAGGGCAGCAAGGGUCCGUCCAUCCGCCACCGCGGCGAGUGGCUCACACCCAACGAGUUCCAGUUCGUCAGCGGCCGCGAGACGGCCAAGGACUGGAAGCGCAGCAUCCGCCACAAAGGGAAAAGUCUGAAGACGCUUAUGUCCAAGGGGAUCCUGCAGGUGCAUCCUCCGAUCUGCGACUGUCCCGGCUGUCGAAUAUCCUCCCCGGUGAACCGGGGGCGGCUGGCGGACAAGAGGACAGUUGCCUUGCCCCCUGCCCGCGUCCUGAAGAAGGAGCUGACCCCAAGCUUCUCAGCCAGUGGUGACAGUGACAGGAGUGGCCCGGCCUGUGGGCAGCGGCUGGGCUUGAAGCAGGAGGACGACCCGCAUGUCCGUAUCAUGAAAAGAAGAGUCCACACCCACUGGGAUGUGAACAUCUCCUUCCGAGAGACGUCCUGCAGCCAGGACGGCGACCUUCCCACCCUCAUCUCCAGCGUGCAUCGCAGCCGCCACCUCGUUAUGCCCGAGCAUCAGAGCCGCUGUGAAUUCCAGAGAGGCGGCGUGGAGGUUGGCCUGGGAGCCGCAGGUGACCUGUUGGGCAAGAGGCUGGGUCGCUCCCCCCACAUCAGCAGUGACUGCCCUUCGGAGAAGAAGGCCCGAAGCAAGUCCCCUCAAGAGGGUCUGUUGCUUCCGGAACUAGGGCCCGGCAUGGCCCCCGAGGAUCAUUACCGCCGGCUGGUGUCCGCCCUGAGUGAGGCCGGCACCUUUGAGGACCCUCAGCGUCUCUACCACCUGGGCCUCCCCGGCCACGAUCUCCUGAGGGUCCGGCAGGAGGUGGCAGCGGCAGCUGUGAGGAGCCCCAGCGGCCUGGAAGCCCACCUGCCCUCAUCCACAGCAGGUCAGCGUCGGAAGCAGGGCCUGGCUCAGCACCGAGACGGCACCGCCCCAGCUGGUGCCCCGUCCUUCUCAGAGAGGGAGUUGUCGCAGCCGCCCCCCUUGCUGUCGCCGCAGAAUGCCCCCCACAUCGCCCUGGGCCCCCACCUCAGGCCCCCCUUCUUGGGGGUGCCCUCGGCCCUGUGCCAGACCCCAGGCUAUGGCUUCCUGCCCCCUGCCCAGGCGGAGAUGCUCGCCCGGCAGCAGGAGCUCCUGCGGAAGCAGAACCUGGCCCGGCUGGAGAUGUCAGCAGAGCUGCUGCGCCAGAAGGAGCUGGAGAGCGCCCACCGGCCGCAGCUGCUGGCACCCGAGGCCGCCCUGCGCCCACCCGACGGUGCCGAGGAGCUGCAGCGGCGCGGGGCCAUGCUGGUGCUGAGACACAGCUCUGCGCCACUGCUGGCCCUGCCUCCCCAGGGACCCCCGGGCCCCGGCCCUCCCACCCCACCCCGGGAGCCUGCCCGCCGAGCUCCUCGGAAGGGGGGCCCCAGCCCUGCCUCAGCCCGGCCCAGUGAGCCCAAGGAGAUCACAGGGGUUGGGCUCUGGGCACAAGACAGCUCUGAAGAUGAGCCCCCCAAGGACUCAGACGGAGAGGACCCCGAGAUGGUGGCUGCUGGGGGCCAGGGCCCCAUCCCAGGCCAAGCCCCAACUGGAGGAGCCAGCUCUGAGGGGAAGGGGCUUGCCUCAGGGUCCAUGCUGCCCCCUCCACUGCCCCUGGGCCUGCCCUACACUGUCAGCCCCUACUUCCACACAGGCGCCAUGGGGGGCCUCUUCAUGGAUGGCGAGGAGGCCACAGCGCCCGAGGAUGUCAGCAAGUGGACAGUGGACGAUGUCUGCAGCUUUGUGGGCGGCCUGUCCGGCUGUGGAGAAUAUGCACCGGUCUUCAGAGAACAGGGGAUUGACGGGGAGACCCUGCCCCUGCUGACAGAGGAACAUCUCCUGACCACCAUGGGGCUGAAGCUGGGGCCUGCUCUCAAGAUCCGGGCCCAGGUGGCCAAGCGCCUGGGCCGAGUCUUCUACAUGGCCAGCUUCCCCGUGGCUCUGCCGCUGCAGCCACCGACACUGCGGGCUCCCGAGAGGGAGCUCAACUCAGGGGAGCAGCCCCUGUCCCCAGCACCGGCCCCCUCCCCGUACGGGGGCGCGCAACCCCCUGCCGGCCGAGCCUCACCCAAGCAGGAGAACGGAACCAUGGCUCUGCUCCCAGGGCCCGCGGACCCCUCGCAGCCUCUGUGCUAAGCUGGUGUCAGACACCCCCAUCCUUCACUGCCGGCUGCUCCCCGGCAAAGGCCCCCGACCCCACAGCUUAUCCUCCUUUCAGUUUUGGAUGCAAAAACACAAUUUUUAAAAGGAAAACACAUGAUUUAAGAG